AUGAAGAGUACCGUUAGAGUUACCACUGUGGACUCUUGUGGAUUCUCGUUCGUGGACCUUUCAUUUUCUACGACAAAUUUCAAGUCGACUACCGUUUCGAGGAUGGAUUCCAGUGAGAUCUCCGCUGACGAACGAUUUAAGGUGUCCCAUUCCAUAUAUCAUCAUAUAUUACAUUUUCCAUUUAACAUUUUUAAUAUUUUUCAUGCUUUAGGUGUGCCAGGUACUUAUAAGACAGAUACUUCCAGGCCACAAAAUACUAAAUUUAAAACUGACUUCACUGUACAUGGUGCAAAACAUAAUGUUGACAAUGUGAGAGCGGGUGAAUCACUAAAGAUAAAGAAGUAUGAUCCUACUAUUGAUGAUAAUUUACCGGAAACUGUGACGGUACUGACCGCACAGAACGGAGGAAAAUUAUAUUUAGUAGGAACAGCACAUUUCAGUAUUGAGAGCCAGAACGAUGUGUCGAAAAUUAUACAAGCUGUACAGCCUCACGUCGUAGCCGUUGAAUUAUGCAAAGCUAGAGUCGGUAUAUUACAGCUCGAUGAGGAAGCCUUGUUUUCUUACACCAAGGACAUUAGUUACAAAACUAUCAUGGAUACCGUCAAAAGGGAGGGAUUUUAUAAUGGUUUACUGCACAUUUUAUUGCUAAGAAUGGCAGCUCACGUGGCCAAGCAACUCGAUAUGCCACCGGGAGGUGAAUUUCGGAGGGCAUUUGAGGAGGCGAAGAAAAUACCGAAUUGUAUCGUUCACCUAGCUGACCGACCAAUCAGCAUAACAAUGAAACGCGCGAUUCGAUUGUUAUCUUGGUGGCAGACCCUAAGACUGGGAUGGCAUUUGGCCGUAAUGAAAGAUCCCAUUACCCAGGCGGAUGUCGAACUUUGUAAAGAACGAUCAAUGCUGGACGAAAUGAUCGCCAGUAUGAAGGAACAAUUCCCAGUAUUGGGAGAAGUGUUCGUCAAGGAGAGGGAUAUCUAUUUAACGAAUUCGUUGCAACUAGCCUGUCAUCUUCGUACCAAUGAUCCCGAACCGACGCGAGUCGUAGGAAUCGUUGGUCUAGGCCACACGCCCGGCAUCAUUGAAAACUGGGGUAAAGUCAUACAGACCGAUAUACCACCUAUAAUGAGUGUACCACCACCAUCGUUGUCCAGUAAAAUUUUAAAAGUAACCGUCAAGGCGUCGAUACUUGGUGCUGUCAUGUACGCAAGUUACAAAAUCCUAAAGGUACCCGCUACCAUCACAUUUCACACUUUCAAGUCAUCGGUCGAGGGACUUCUACAGGUUGGUGCAGCGCGAUAG